UCCGACUAUCUUUUGGCUCUAAUUGAUCACUCGUUCACUAUAAAUAGGUGGAGGAGGAUAGACCCACCUUACACAAAAAGAAAACAAGGUAAUCACGAAAAAGAAUUCAUAAUGGCUGUUCAGAAAGUUAGUUUCCUCGCUCACCUACUUGUUCUUGGAAUGUUUCUAGUUGUUAGCAUGGUGGAACAUGCCAAGGGUUGUACCAAAGAAUGCGGUAAUCUUGGCUAUGGGAUAUGCCCACGUUCAGAAGGAAGUCCGGAAAAUCCCAUAUGCACCAAUUGUUGCUCAGGCUAUAAGGGUUGCAACUAUUACAAUGCUAACGGAACUUUUAUUUGUGAAGGAAAAUCUGACCCUAAAAACCCAAAUUCUUGUCCCAGGAAUUGUGAUCCACAAAUUGCUUAUUCAAAAUGUCCCCGUUCAGAAGGAAAGACGAUAAUUUAUCCCACCGGAUGCACCACUUGUUGCACGGGGUACAAGGGUUGCUACUAUUUCGGUCAAGAUGGCGAUUUUGUCUGUGAAGGAGAGAGUACUGAACCCAAGGCUUGUACUCUGGAAUGUGACCCUAGAGUUGCUGACAUGACUUGCCCAUCAUCUGGAUUGGCCAAGCUUAAUCAAGUUUGCGUCAACUGUUGCACUGCAGGAGAGGGUUGCAAACUUUAUGGUCAUGAUGGAUCUUUACUUUGUACCGGGGAGCCUCAAAGCUAUAACUCCGCAGCAUUAAUGGUUGUUCACAAAGAAGUCAGUUUCCUUGCUCACCUACUACUUGUUCUUGGAAUGUUUCUACUUGUAAGCAGCACGGUGGAACAUAUUCAUCCCAAGAAAUGUACCAAAGAAUGCGGCAAUUUUUCUUAUGGGAUAUGCCCACGUUCAGAAGGGAGUCCAAAAAAUCCCAUAUGCACCAACUGUUGUGCAGGCUACAAGGGUUGCCACUAUUACAGUGCUGACGGAACUUUUAUUUGUGAAGGAAAAUCUGACCCCAAAAAGCCAAACGCUUGUCCCUUCAAUUGUGAUCCAAAAAUUGCCUAUUCAAAGUGUUCCCUUCGAGAAGGAAAGACGCUAAUUAAAUCCACCGGAUGCACCACCUGUUGCACGGGUUACAAGGGUUGCUAUUAUUUCGGUCACGAUGGCAAGUUUGCCUGUGAAGGAGAAAGUAUUGAACCCAACGCUUGUACUUUGAAAUGUGACCAUAAAGUUGCUUACGUGACUUGCCCAUCUUCUAAAUUGACCAAGCUUAAGCCAGUUUGCGUCAAUUGUUGUACCGCAAAAGCGGGUUGCAAACUCUAUGGUCAUGGUGGAUCUUUACUUUGUACUAGAGAGCUUAACAAUCAUUAAUAAUCCUCAUAAGGGAUCUGAUGCUUUCUAAUCAAUCUAUAAUUAUGCAGUUGUCUAUAGAUGAAAUAAAAGUAUGACGAUAUAUGCAUUGUCAUGCUAAUCUCUGUAAUGUGGCAUUGGAGCUUUUCCACAGCUUGCGCAAGAGAUUAAU